AUGAUUAGUGUCACACAGUCCUCCGGGUUCGGUGGUGGAGAGUUUUACUCCGGUGAGCGCAGGGCAAAACGGCACCGAAGCAAAGAUGAUGUGGUCAUCAAUGAUAUGUUUGCUUCUGAUGACUCCGACACCGAUUCAGAAGGUGGCCCCAUCAAGAAAAAAGGCGCAUUGCUUGAGAAAAUGGGAUAUAAAGGAGGUGGUUUAGGGAAGAACGCACAGGGGAUCGUUGCUCCAAUUCAAGCCAAGUUGCGCCCCAAGAACAUGGGAAUGGGGUUUAAUCAUUAUAAAGAGGCGGCUAAUGUUCCGACAUUGCAAGAAUCAGUUGAUGAGAUUAAGGUUCCUGGUAUUCAACAAAAAGAGAAGCCAUGGCUGAAAAAAGAGUAUGCAACUGCAGAGGAGUUCUUCGUGAAGAAACAAGAACAGGGUCUUGAUGUAGUUCAGAAGGUGUUCGAUAUGAGGGGCCCACAAUUUCGACUUAAGAACGAAAGGGAGACAUUUGUCAUUUUACAUAACGAAAAAGAGAAGCUAAAAGACAAUGCUGCCCUUGAGAAGAAACAACUCGACACCAUUGAAGAGAUGGUUAGUGUAAUGGAACGGUUAAGCUUGUUAGGAACAUUGACUUUAGAAUCUCUUGCCACGUCAUUCGUUGACUUGCAUACAAGGUUUCCCAAUGAGUACAAGAUUUUCAGUUUGGCUACAAUCGCUUCCUCUUUUGCAUUGCCUUUGUUCAUUAGGGAAUUUCAGGGAUGGGACCCACUCCAAAAUCCAACACAUGGGUUAAAUGUUAUGUCACUAUGGAAGGAUCUUCUUGAAGAAGAUGAGAUAUUUGAUUCGCUUUUCAUGGAGGUUGUGUUCCCUGCUGUUGUUAGAUUAUCUGGCACCAACACCUGGCAAGCGCGGGACCCAGAACCAUUAUUAAGGUUCCUAGAUUCUUGGGAACAGUUACUGCCUCACUCUGUUCUUCAAACCAUACUUGACAACAUUGUCAUGCCUAAAUUAGCAUCUACUGUUGAUUCGUGGGACCCACGUCGCGAAACCAUUCCUAUACACUUGUGGGUCCACCCAUGGCUUCCGUUAUUAGGCCCGAAGCUCGAGACUUUAUAUCAUACGAUACUUAAUCGUUUAGAAAGUGUUCUGCACGCGUGGCAUCCGAGUGACAUGUCAGCAUACUAUAUUUUAUCACCAUGGAAGACGGUUUUUGAUCCAAUACGAUGGGAACAGAUAAUGGUUCGAUACAUCCUUCCUAAAUUAUUGGUUGUGAUGCAUGAAUUCGAAGUCAACCCAGUUGAUCAGAAGCUUGACCAGUUUUAUUGGGUGAGGACUUGGGCUUCUGUGAUUCCGAUUCAUCACAUGCUUCAUAUAAUGGAUGUGUUUUUUAACAAAUGGCAAGAGGUAUUGUACCAAUGGUUAUGUUCAAAGCCGGAUUUUCAAGAAGUGAGAAAGUGGUAUUUGAGUUGGAAGGAUUUGAUUCCAUCUGAGCUUUUAUCCAAUGAGCAUGUAAGAUAUCGGCUUAAUAUGGGUCUGAAUAUGAUGAACCAAGCGGCUGAAGGGCUGGAGGUGAUUCAGCCAGGUUUGAGGGGGUUUGAGGCUCAGAAGGCGGCUGCACAGGUGGAAAAGGGGUGUGCGACAGAGGAGAUGGGUGGUGGUGGUGGUGGUGUUGAUAUGAGUUUGAAGGAGGUUAUUGAGGUUCAUGCACAACAAAAUAAUUUGAUGUUUAAACCUAAAGUCGGGAGAAUGAAAGAUGGACAUCAGGUUUAUGGAUUUGGGAAAGUUAGUAUGAUUAUAGACUCUUUGAAUCAGAAGGUGUAUGCUCAGAUUGAAGAUAAGUGGUCUCUUGUAACACUUGAGCAAUUGGUGAAGCUGGAGAAGAGUUCUGUUUUGAGAAGACAUGCAUUGAGUUUUAAAGAUUUUGGAUUUUGGAGUUGA